AGAAAUUAAUGUUGAUGCCAAGGAUUAGCCUGGCACAGUUAAUAUUAUACACUUGCCUGAGGUGUACUCUGAACUUACAGAAUCGGGUCAUUUCAAAACAAAACUGUGUUUCAUCCAAUCUUCCUUUCCCACUUGGAUGGCAAAGCUUGACUCUGUUCGUUGUUCUUCUCUCGGGAAUAAAAUAUUGCUUUUCUGGUUGACAAAAAGCCACAUUAAAGAUUCCUACCAAGGCUGAUGUCAGAUAUUCCUGCAGCUCUGUACUAAGAUUUUCUUUUCUUCUUCUCUUCUAGGUGCUUCGCAACCACACCUCCAUCUAGCCAGCUAUGUUGAUCCUGACCUGUGCCUCAAAGUUGCAGUUUCUGGAGGGUGUUCUGAAAAGGAGCCUGCCUCAGGCACUUCCGGUUUACGGGGCAGUGAUGCACAUCAACCGUGGAAACCCUGCUCAGCAUGAAGUGGUGGUAGACUCUUGGCCUGAGUUUAAAACUGUGCUUACACGCCCACAUAAAGGGGUGGUGAAAGACAAACAGGAUUUUUAUGCCAAUUUGCAUGCUGCUUUCUAUUCAGACAUGGACACCUGUCGAGCUCUCUUGGAAAAUGAGGACAUCAUUGACUGGGGCAGAGCUUUUCAGCUGCAAGCUAUCCAAGAUGGGACGUAUGAAAUCAUCAAAGAUAUAGCAAAGGUCAGAGGUGUCCAUCUGAAGACAUAUAGUUACUUGCCGCUGAUGCACCCAAACCCAUCUACUCUAUCUGAGAGCCGGUUCAAAAGUGACCUCCUCCACUUUGGCACCCUCAACUCAUCCCAUGCAGCCACACUCAAUGACGCUUGGGACUUUGGGGGCAAUGAUCGAAGCCUGCGCUAUCUGGAAAGCUUGAUCCGCAACUUCCCUAGUGCUUGCCUCCUAGACAAGGAAGACCAGUUGGCUGCUUGGUCCCUCAGUGAUUCCUAUGGUUGCUUAACACAUGGCUACACCUUCCCUCAGUAUCGGGGACAGAGGUGGAUUGGACUCAUCCUACAGAAUUUAGGAAGACAGAUGCAUGCUCUUGGCUUUCCUCUAUAUGCAGGAGUUCUGGCAGAAAAUGAACCUUCCAUACGAUCACUACAGCAUGAGGGGUUCCAUGUUUUUGCUGGAACAUAUUAUAUGCUUAUUUUGACACCAGUCUCCAAUCCCAAGAAUUAACAGGAGUAAUUUCUCCAGAAAAUUGGGACAACCAUUUCUGAAAUGGUUUGAGAGAAGAAACAAAGAGAUGUUGUGCUGGAGUGAUAAGAUUUAAAGGAUUGCUUUGGUCAAAUUCAAGAUUAAGUUGAAAACUUAAAGAUCUAUGUGAUUCUUAAUUUUCCAAGAUCACCAAAACUGAGUUUUGAAAAGUAUUACAGAUGAGAAAUACCAGUAUCAUAUAACCACCAUUAAAAUGAUAGUAUCUGGAAGCUAUGGUCAUAGAAAUAACUAUUUCUGAGUGUUAAUCAAAGAUACAGAUAUUCCUAAAGCAUAUGUUUUAAAAGACUCUUGAUCUCCUCACUACACUCCUUUUUCUAAACUUUUAUAUAUUUUUAAACAUCUAUUAAACUAAAUUAUUUAAUAACUAACAAUAACACAAUUACAUUACAUUAUGGCUGUAAAUUCAUAGAGGAUUACUUAACUUCUUUUGCAGAAUAAGUGUUACUUCUAGAUACUGUACCUUUUCUGUUUCACUAAACGAUAAAGAAGGAAUGACACAUUGCUGUAUUGUGGGUGGUGACUUGUAGAUACCGUAUGAUGUUGUGACUAUUACAAAGCAUAGAAGUAAGAGGAGGGAUGAGAAAGUAAAGUGUCAAAAUCUAUGAAGUUUAAUAGACACAUGUCCAUAUGGAUAAACAUCUGAACAGCAUAUCACUGAAAAACAGGAGAAAAACUGCCCUCAAAGUAUAGUAUAAAUGUUGAUUUCUUAUAAUGGCACUACUUUUCUUUGGUGACAGGAUCACAUGAGAACAGGUGAUGCUGAUGGUGAUGCUGAUGGUACAGUAGUAUUCUGAUGGGUGUGACUAUGUUCGGAGAAUACCAGCUCUGUGAUUACUACAGCUAGUGCAGAAACACCUUCAACAUGACAAAUAUUAUAGACUCUGCUGUUCUGGACUGCUUAAUGAAGUGUGACUUCAUGUGCUAUGGGUCUUGGGUUUUGCCAGGAUGUUCCCGUUGUUGUCAUCUCUGCAUUCAUUUGUCCCUUUCUUUUGGGGUGUUAUUUGUGGUAAUGUCUACGCUGUCCAUUUCCCCAUUUUCCCCACAAACAAUGUAACAGAACAUACUUUUUCUGGAAUGUGUAGGACUUAAAAAGAAAUCUGCCUGAAAAUGGGAAUUAAAUAUUGUUGCCAGUGCUGGCAAUUACUUGAAAA